UGUGCCACCGCUGCUCUGCAAACCCCACUUUCUUUAGGUUGCUUUUGUCACUUAAAAUAUUUUCUCACGGCAGAGAAAAACGAUACACGUCCUUUCCACAUUUUGAUGCCCAGAGCCAUCCCAUCAACCUUGGCCUCUGUCUGUAAUUACUCAGAGGCAGACACCCUCCAUCAAAAACCCUUCAUGGCCCUAAGAGUUCUCCGUCUCUCUCACAACAGCCUAUGAAUUUUUCCAUGUUUUACCACUCUCUGGUACAUGUUUAAGUCCUGGGUUUUUGUGUUCACCUCUCCCAUCAAGAAUGUAAGCUGAGAGACACUGAGUAAGCUCACAGCCAUAUCUAUAGCCUGCCUAAAUCAAUAAGCAUAUCAAUAAUCAAUAAGCAUAGAGUACCUACGGAGAUUUUAUUAUUUAAAUGAGUGGACCCGACUCUCUUCUGGUUGGAUGUGUUCCAGAGCCCUGCCACUUUGAGCCAUUUAUCACAGAAGGUGAAAGCUCCCCUGGAGCCAGCUGCAAAGUUCCCAGGGCUCUAAUAACGCACAGCCACUUCAGGUCACCAGCCGGCCCUGGAUCUUCAGGUCACCAGCCGGCCCUGGAUCGGCAGCCCACGCUCAACGUCAUCCACAGUCGGCACCAGAGAAGAACAAUGGAAAUCACCAGGUCUAGAUGCUGCCUAAUCCUCUCGUUUGUCCUCCUGUGUGGGCUGGUUCCAGAGGUGACAGCAGGUGUUGAAGAAACCUCCGAUGGUCCCAGCACUGCCCAGGAACCCAUAUGGCUCACAGACAUCCCAGCCACCGUGGAACUCAUAGCUGCUGCUGAGGUGGCCGUCAUAGGCUUCUUCCAGGAUUUAGAAAUACCGAUCGUAUCUGUGUUCCGGAGCAUGGUACAACAGUUCCAAGAUGUAUCAUUUGGGAUCAGCAACCAUUCAGAGGUCCUGACCCAUUACAAUGUCACUAGCAACAGCAUCUGCCUCUUUCGAUUGGUUGAUAAGAAACAACUACAUUUGGAUGGUGAGGACAUUGAAAAUCUAGAUGCUGCCAAACUGAGCCGUUUCAUUCACAUAAACAACCUCCGCUGGGUGACGGAGUACAGCCCUAUGACUGCAGCUGGCUUAUUUAACACCAUGGUUCAGACUCAUCUUCUCCUGAUGGUGAACAAGGCUUCCCCAGAGUAUGAAGAGAGCAUGCGCAGCUAUCAGGAGGCAGCGAGGUUAUUCCAGGGACAGAUUCUCUUCGUUCUGGUGGACAGCAGCAAAAGGGAAAAUGGAAAGGUGAUGUCCUAUUUCAAACUAAAAGAGUCUCAGCUGCCAGCUCUGGCCAUUUAUGAAUCCGUGGAAGACAAAUGGGACACACUGCCCAUCACGGAGGUUACGGUGGAGAAAGUCCGAGGCUUCUGCGAGGAAUUCCUGAGGGGGGUGCAGCAGAGUGAUCACAAAGUUGAAGACGACUCCGGGAAGGAGGAGCUCUGACCACUUCCUGUAACGUGUGCUCGCUACCCUGUAUCUAUUCUGUGAUGAAUAAAAAGGAGCGGUUCAAGUCUCUGCAACACUCA